AUGUUGACCAAGUCAUUAUUAGCUGGUUCAUUACUAUUAGUCAAUGCUUUUGCCUCACCAAUAGCUCAAGCUGAUUCAUCUUCCCAAACUGCACAAGCUCAAUCUAGUGAUGGUUUCCAAAUAAAUCAAACAUAUAUUGAUCAAGCUAAUAAACAAAUCAAAGAUAUCCAAUCAAAACAAAAUUGUUAUUUCACUUCAGAAGAGUUAUAUCAACACGCUGUUUCUUUUGCCAAUGAUUAUUUAUAUCCAAAUAACAUCAAGCAAGCUAAAUCUAUCAACAGUACUUAUUUUUCUGAAGAUGUUGUGGGUCGCAUUGAUAUUACUAGAAACUAUGAAGGUAGAGAAUUGAAUACUGAAUACCUUUUCGGUCUAUUUUCAGAUUUACAAGAUAGUAACACUACAAAUUUGAUUGGUUAUUCAGAUGCUUUCCAAUUAUAUGCUUUUUCAGGUAGUUGUAAUCAAUAUACCAUUUCAAAUAUUAAUAAUGCAACUUUCCCAGGUGCAGGACAAAAAAUUCCAUUCUCAAUUAACAUUUGGAUUAAAUUAAAUGAAAAAAAAGAGAUUGCUCAAUAUGAUUUAUCAUUUUUAAGAUGGGAAAGAUUAUAUGAAAUGAUUAAAUUAGGUGGUUAUAGACAAAUUAGUGGUAAUGAUUCAGCAACUACAAUUCCAGAAGAAGGUGAAAAGCAAUUACAACAUUUAUUAGUUGAAUCAAUUUGUGGUGUUCAUGAAAAAUAUUGUCAAAAAGAUUAUCCUCAAUAUGAUUCAAAAGAUGCUUGUGUUGAAUAUUUAACAAAUACUAGAUUUGGAUUAUCAUGGGAAGGUGGUAGAGAUACCAUUUUUUGCAGAUCUGUCCAUCAAAAUAUGAUUGAAUAUAGACCUUCUGUCCAUUGUCCUCAUAUUGGUCCUACUGGUGGUGAUAUGUGUACUGAUGAAGGUACUGGUUAUGAAGAAGUUACUUUCAAUUACCAAACAAUCUUUAAAGAACCAUUCAUUGUUGUUUAG